UUUGGCAAUUCCAGUGGUUACUUCGCGACCGGCUCUGUUCAUCGAUUGAUUUAAAAGGAGCUGGAGAAUCAAGGGGAGCGCAUGGCUUCAUUGACGAUGUCUCGCGGCGAAGAAUCCAUUUCCAGCGGCAGUGGCGGUAGCACUGUGAGCCGGGUUAGCUCCUGGGUGCGCGAGAACAAGCUCAAGACGAUCGGUACUUUUUGGGGCACCACGCUCGGCUCCUCGAUCUUGUGGAAUCUGUCCAAGCCACACGAGAAAUUGAGUCUCAAGUUGCUCCACGCCAGGGUCCACGCGCAAGGAGUGACGCUUAUGGCAUUAGCCGGAGCUGGAUUUCUCGAGUACUUGGAUCGCCGCGAGAAGAAUAACCUCAAGCUAGCGGCAGCAGCACAAAAGCAUUAGCUUCUUCGUUUUAGGGUUCUUCCUUGGAGAAUAUUCCGUCGGCUUGCGAAAGUAGCAGAAUCGUCUCUCGCACAAUUUUCUCCGUUAGAAACGAUUCUCUUAUGCCAUGUGUUAGAAUAUUCGCCCAGUGUAAAGAGUAUAUUUAAGCCCAA